AUGUCUCUUGGUAGCGAAGCAUGUAUUCUCAAACUCAGAAAAGAAGUCAAUCUGCUUCAUGAUUUUGUUGAAAAGCUCAACAGACGCGCAAAAAUGAGGAAGGCAUACUCGUGGAAGUUUCCUGGAAAAUCAGCGCUGGAGAUAAAAAUUCAUUCAGUUCUAUCCAAGUGUAACUAUUCUCAAACUAACCAAUCAUCAAAUACCAUAUUGCACGUAGUUUUGCUUGAGAUGAUAAUCGAUAGGUGCUUACUUAUCUUUCAAAUCCUGAGCCAUAUAUGCAAGGUAGAUGCCCUUUACUCCUAUCCAUAUUCUGAAGACGUGAAUUCAUUGGGCGCUUGCGUCAGUGAGCACAUAUCGACUGUCUAUGCUCUUACAGAUGCGAUCAAUGCUAAUAACGAAGCAAAAGAAAAUGGUGAAAAGAAAGACGACAGUAUUUGCUGUCAGUUGAACAGUCCCCUAACGGAUAAAUACGUGGACAGCACAAUGGCUGCUGAAGCUCUGAAGUGGAUUUCUGAUGUAGAGCGUUUCUAUAACUUUCCUUCUCAAAUGCCAUCAAAAUGUACUGGUAAUAAUGUCGAAAUAACAACCAAAUCUCAGGAAUGUCAGACUGAUGCUGGUCUAAGUCGUAGUGAUACUUAUUCACCGAUCUUUUCCUCCAUCAUUCAAGUUUUAGCAAAGUGCCUGGUAAAGCCAAUGGAUACGUACAAUUUACCUUCAGAAACUGGACGAUUCAUACGUGAAGUCAACAAUAUACCAUCAAGAAAUAACUAUAACUUAGAGGAGUUAAAGUCUCUGCUUUUGUUUAUUGAAAGGGAUUUGUUACGUCUUAUAAAAUAUCUGGAUUUGAACAGUUCAUCUAGUAAGAAUAUGAAAGACCAAUUAGAAUCAAUGAAAAGUGAGAAUAGUCGAUUGUCAAAGGAGCUUUCAGAUGCGCAGAAUGAAUAUAACAAUCUCAAUGACAAAUUAUCUAAAGAAUUGAGUGAAUUAAAUAAGAAUUAUAAAAAAGCGCAAAAAGAGAAUUCAAAAUUUAAAACCAACUUCGAGGAUUUAAACAAAGCGUUAAAGGUUAAAGAUACGCGAAUACAAGAAUUAGAAAAUCAAUGUCAAGCAUUGGAAAGCAAUUUGGAUCAAAUUGAAAAGCUACUUAAUACCGAUGUGGAUCAACUAAAUGACGAUAAUUUACCAUCAAAAUCACCUCCAUCAUCAUCGUUAUCAAAUAUUCAUUCAUGUAUUCUAGAACUUCAGAGGAAACUGGAAUCUACUACAAAAGAUUAUCAGUCUGCCUUGAAACAAUUAAAAGUCAACGAAAUGGAGAAUCAAAAUAUGAAUUCACAAUUUACGAUGCUCACUAAGAAACAUGAAAAACUUUUAUCACGAAUAAAUGAACUAACUGACAUCAAUGAAAAAUUAGAAGAACAAAUGAAAGAUAAUAAUAAUUCGAUGGAAAAUCUGAACUCUGAGAUAAAUAAUUAUAAAAGUAAAAUACAAAAGUUGGAGAAAUCAAUACAAGAGAUCAAGAAUAAAUCGACUGAAAAUGAGAGCGUUAAAAGUCAAAUUCAAAUGAAUCUUGAACAAGCGAAAUUGGAAAAUAAUGAAUUGUGUCAAAAGUUGAAUAAAUUGAAUGAAGAUGUUUUACAUAUGGCUCAAUAUCCUGAUUUAAAUGGACCAAUUGUGUUUGGAAAUGAAAACUGUGUAAAAUCUGUUCAUGAAGAAUUAGAAGGACAAAUUCAAGCCAAUGAAAUCCGUAUUACUUUAUUAACAGAACAAACUAAACGUUUACGUAAUGCCUUAUUAGUUAUGAACGAAAAGCACGAUGCAAAUAACCAUAUGAUGCAAUUAAUAAAACAAGACGAUACAGAAUUGCUUGAUCAUUUAACACUGAACAAUAUUACACCGAGUAUAAGUAGAUCAAAUUCUUCUAUUUUAUCAAUUGACAAAAUUUCAACAGAAAAUCAAUCAACAAAAGAAGAGGCUUCAUGCAUACGUUCUAAAACAUAUACAAAAUCAAAAAUUAUAUCGAAUGCAUCUGCUGAGAAUCACUCAAAUAUACAAUUAUGGUCUGGUCCAAGUACAACAACAACAACAAAAGGAUCAAAUCGUCCACGAUCUAAAAGAGUGAAGUGA